AUAUUACGCCGCGCCGGGGAAGUCCUCCAGUAUCCCAUCAUGCAACGGGCUGAAGGAUCACAUACCAAAGAGACGGUGGAAAAGGCAUUAACUUUAUUGGGGCUGCGGUGCGGGGUGACAUGAGCAAUUGUUGCCACAGUUGUUUCCCAGUGCAUGGACUGAGAUUCUAGGUUUCCCUGCAGAGGAGGCGGAGCCGGAAGGGGCGGAAGAUGGCGACCCUCGUGUUGGAUAAUGGUGCCUACAAUGCCAAGAUCGGGUACAGUCACGCUCAUGUGAGUGUCAUUCCCAACUGUCAGUUUAGAUCAAAAACUGCUCGUUUGAAAACAUUUACAGCUAACCAACUGGAUGAAAUUAAAGAUCCAUCUGGGCUUUUUUAUAUUCUCCCUUUUCAAAAGGGCUACUUGGUAAACUGGGAUGUUCAGAGACAGGUAUGGGACUACCUUUUUGGAAAAGAAAUGUAUCAGGUAGACUUUGUAGAUACCACUGCUAUAAUCACAGAACCGUACUUCAACUUUAGUUCAAUUCAAGAGUCUAUGAAUGAAAUAUUAUUUGAAGAAUACCAAUUCCAAGCAGUUCUCAGAGUAAAUGCUGGGGCUCUCAGUGCCCAUAGAUACUUCCGUGAUAACCCAUCAGAAUUGUGUUGUAUCAUUGUCGACAGUGGCUAUUCUUUUACACACAUUGUACCUUACUGCAGAAGUAAGAAGAAGAAGGAAGCAAUUAUAAGGAUUAAUGUUGGAGGGAAGCUUUUAACAAAUCAUCUAAAGGAGAUGAUCUCUUACAGGCAACUCCAUGUUAUGGAUGAAACCCAUGUGAUUAAUCAAGUGAAAGAAGAUGUAUGUUAUGUUUCGCAAGACUUUUUCAAGGAUAUGGAGACUGCCAAAUUGAAGGGGGAAGAAAAUACAGUCAUGCUGGACUAUGUUUUGCCAGACUUCAGCACAAUCAAAAAAGGGUUUUGUAAGCCAAGGGAAGAAAUGGUGUUAAGUGGAAAAUACAAAACUGGUGAACAAAUACUUCGUCUUACAAAUGAGCGAUUUGCUGUUCCAGAGAUACUCUUCCAUCCAUCAGAUAUUGGCAUUCAAGAAAUGGGAAUUCCUGAAGCCAUUGUUUAUUCCAUUCAGAACUUGCCUGAAGAAAUGCAGCCUCAUUUCUUCAAGAAUAUUGUUCUGACUGGAGGAAACACUCUUAUCCCAGGCUUCAGAGAUCGUGUUUACUCUGAGGUUCGAUGCCUCACUCCAACAGACUAUGAUGUUUCUGUUGUUCUGCCAGAGAACCCUAUUACUUAUUCCUGGGAAGGUGGAAAGCUGAUUUCUGAAAAUGAUGAUUUUGAAGAUAUGGUAGUAACAAGAGAAGACUAUGAAGAAAAUGGGCAUAGUAUAUGUGAAGAGAAAUUCGAUAUAUAAAUUCGAUAUAUAUAUAAAUUACUUGAAUAUUUGGAUUGUGUUAUCUGAUCAUUGAACUGGCCAGUUUUUUAAAAAAGUUGAAAUUAUGUUCUAGAUCUUCUAGAACUGGAACUGUACUAGAAAUUAAAGUACUAUAUAUAGUACCUUGUUUUUAUAUAUAAUAAAUGUUCAUAUUCCUGCGUA